AUGAAAAACACAGACUAUGAUGAGGUUGAAUCUAAAACUGAGCUGGUAGUUUAUGGUGUAGGUAACUUCUCAUCAAGUCUUAUAGCUAAACAACAAUUGGAUUUGGUUUCAGCUUUGAGAAGAGAUCUAAAGAUUUCUAAAGGUUCUUCAUAUUGUUAUGAUCCUGUGUUUACACAAGUAGAAAUCAAGGCUUUGACACAGUUGGGUUGGAUUGUCCCUAAUGAAAAUGAGGAAGGAAAAAGAAACAGUAAGAAUAAAUGUAUUUAUUAUCUACCUCAUUGUGGGAAAUCAUUAUAUAAUAAUAUAUUAUGGUCUAACUGGUCUGUAGAUACCUUACCUGGUAUUAUUAUUAUUGGUAAUAGUUUUACAGCCAUCACUGACAGAACACCUAAGAGACUGUUAGAGAAAUGUGGUGGUUAUAUAUUGAAGAUUCAACCAUAUACAACAGAGAUACCUCUACCUACUAGACUGUAUAAAGAUAAUGAUGUAUUUAAUGAUAUAUCAAUCCAUGUAUUCACUAGAUCUAAUAUUCAAACUUUAUCUGAUGUAUUCUGGACUGAUGUUACUGAACCUGUUUAUACAGAUGAGGAUUCAGAUUUUAUAAGUGCUAAAAAAUCUACUAGUGUUAUAAAAUGA